UGCCUUUUAGAAAUAAUGACUUUGCUGAAUGUAACGAAUGCUUUUUAACAUCUGCAUUGACAGAUUCAACUAAUUAAUCCUUGCACAUGUCAGGGCUGGAUGUGUUUGUGGCCCCGGGUCUUGGCUUACUUCUCUGAGAUACAGCCCUGAGUGUUGAGUGCUUUCCCUGCUCCAGGAAGCUGUGUGGAUGAUGUGACCUCUCACAGGUAUGUAAAGCUAUAUAAGUUUUAUUCAGAAGUUGUCAAGACAAUAUCAGUCAGUGUUUAAGUCUAUGUGUGGAUACACGAGAAGAAAAUAUGCUAAAAGAUCCACCCAAUUCUAAUGCUUUUGUCAUAGUUUCAAAAGGCGUUUAUGCCCAUCUUGUCUCGAUACUUAUGCCUAUCAGAUGUUGUUAGCCAAUGAGAGGUUGGUGGUUCAGAUAAGUGACAUAACUGCCAAGACAUUUUUUCCACACCUGUACAUAGUUACUGUACUAGUUCAGGCCUCCAAAAAUAGCAGAGCUUAGACAAAAAAUAGGCUUUGACAUUUCAAUAUAUUUCAACUUUUUAUAUUUUUUUAGCAAUUGUUGAUUUUGUUGAACACAUCCCAACAGACAUACUGAUGACAUCAGAUAAAGCUAUCCCAUAAUAAUGCCUUUCACUGACUCCUUUGACAUGUUCUACGACUCCUUUGAUGUUUUUUGUGAUUUUUUAAAUUGUCUUUGGAUCAUGUUGCUCCAAUUUAUAGUAACUGGUUUACCCAGAGUUUACCCAAACCAGAUAGCAUGUGGUUACGGUCAGAUAAAUACAGUCAAAUUAACCGGGGAUUGCACGUUAUUGUGUACUGUUUUAAAACAAAGUAAUAAAAUAAAAAUAACAUUUCCAUUGCAAACCUGGCAACCUCAUGUGAUUAAAAUGACCGUGCAGGCCACUGGAGGGCGGGCGAGAGGCAGGGAACCAGGACGUUAUGAGUAAACGACUAAAGCGUGCCCGAGUUUGGCUCCCUGAUGCAGUCGAGGUAUGGAAGUCUGCAGAUCUUAUCAAAGAUUACGCUCCAGGUGACCUGACACUGUCUGUGCAGCUGGAGGAUGGCACUGUGGUUGAAUACAAACUGGAUCCUCGAACCAACAACCUCCCCCCCCUAAGAAACCCUAACAUCCUGGUGGGGAAAAACGACCUCACGUCUCUCAGCUACCUCCACGAACCAGCUGUGCUGCACAACCUUAAAGUUCGCUUUAUCGUCUCCAAGCUGAUUUACACAUACUGUGGUAUUGUCCUGGUUGCCAUAAAUCCCUAUGAGAGUCUGCCUAUUUAUGAUGCUGACAUCAUCAAUGCAUACAGUGGGCAGAACGCCAGGGACAUGGAUCCACAUAUAUUUGCUGUGGCAGAGAAAGCAUACAGACAGAUGGCCAGGGAUGAGAGAAACCAGUCUAUCAUAGUGAGCGGUGAGUCUGGGGCUGGCAAAACUGUCUCUGCUAAGUAUGCCAUGCGUUACUUUGCCACAGUCAGCUGCUCCUCUGGUGACACCUCUGUCGAGGAACGAGUCCUUGCCUCCAACCCCAUCAUGGAGGCUUUUGGAAAUGCCAAAACCACAAGGAAUGACAACAGCAGCCGUUUCGGGAAGUACAUAGAAAUUGGCUUUGACAGAAAGUAUUGUAUAAUUGGGGCCAACAUGCGAACCUACCUACUGGAGAAGUCUAGGGUCGUGUUUCAGUCUCAAGAAGAAAGAAACUACCAUAUUUUCUACCAGCUGUGCUCGUCAUCACACCUACCUGAGUUCAAGGCAUUCAAGUUGGGCUGUGCAGAUGACUUCCACUACACUAGCCAGGGUCAGAACCCAGUCAUGGACGGAGUGGAUGAUGCUAGAGAGAUGUGUAAUACUAGGAAGGCUUUCUCGCUGUUAGGUAUUGGUGAAAAUGACCAAAUGGAAAUAUAUAAAAUUCUGGCUGCUUUGCUUCAUCUGAGUAAUGUUGAGGUGAGGGAACAGUCAGGGGAGAGAAGCAGCAUCUUGCCAGAUGAUGUCCACCUGAUGGCGUUUUGCGAGCUGAUGGGCGUGCAGAGUGAAGAAAUGGCCCACUGGUUUUGCCACAGGAAACUGAAGACCACUACAGAAACCUUUGUGAAGUCUGUAGCCAAAAUCAAUGCGGUCGCCAGCAGAGAUGCCUUAGCUAAACACAUCUAUGCCAAACUGUUCAGCUGGAUUGUGGACAGUAUCAACGGUGCCUUAAAGUCUGCACUGAAACAACACUCCUUCAUUGGUGUGCUGGACAUUUAUGGGUUUGAAACGUUUGACGUCAACAGCUUUGAACAGUUUUGCAUCAACUAUGCCAAUGAGAAACUUCAGCAGCACUUUAAUCUGCAUGUUUUCAAACUGGAGCAGGAGGAAUACAUGAAGGAGGAAAUCCCAUGGACGCUGAUAGACUUCUAUGACAACCAGCCCUGCAUUGAUCUCAUCGAGGCUAAGUUGGGCGUCCUCGACCUUCUGGAUGAGGAAUGCAAGAUGCCCAAAGGCUCGGAUGACACGUGGGCUCAGAAAAUGUACAAUACGAUCUUGAAGCAGAAUGCUCACUUUGAUAAACCCAGGUUAUCAAACAGAGCUUUCAUCAUCCACCACUUUGCAGAUAAGGUGGAGUACCAGUGUGACGGCUUCCUGGAGAAAAACAAGGACACUGUCAAUGAGGAGCAGAUAAAUGUGCUGAAAAAGAGCAAGUUUGAGUUGCUGCUGAAAUUAGUUGAGGAUGAUGACAACGCAACAAGUUCUACAAGCAAACGUCCCAGCACCACUGGAAGGACUGGACAGAGUCAAAGGGACAAAAAGAAGACAGUUGGACUGCAGUUUCGACAGUCUCUCCAUUUGCUCAUGGACACUCUGAACGCCACCACUCCCCACUACGUGCGCUGCAUUAAGCCAAAUGACCAUAAAGCCCCCUUUACCCUGGACCCAGUGAGGGCAGUACAGCAGCUGAGGGCCUGUGGUGUUCUGGAGACAAUCAGGAUCUCAGCAGCAGGAUUCCCAUCCAGGUGGACUUAUCACGAAUUCUUCAACCGUUACCGCGUCCUCAUGAAACACACAGACAUUCUUGAUGAUGGAAAACAGACUUGCAAAAAUUUGGUGGAAAAACUAGUAAAGGACCAGGACAAGUAUCAGUUUGGCAAAAACAAGAUCUUUUUCAGAGCUGGACAAGUGGCUUAUCUGGAGAAGCUGCGUUCUGACAAGCUGCGUCUGGCCUGUGUCCGCAUCCAGAAGACUAUUCGCUGUUGGCUGGCCCGCACAAAGUACCUGAGGAUGAAGAGUUCUGCCAUCACCAUUCAGAGAUAUGUACGGGGCCACCAGGCACGCAGUUACGUCAAAUGUCUGCGAAGAACCAGGGCUGCUGUUGCCAUUCAGAAGCAUGUCCGUAUGUGGAUCUGUAGGAGGCGCUAUCAGCAGCAGCGCAGCGCAGCUCUUACCAUCCAGUCCUUCUUGAGGGCCUAUAUGGCUAGGAAGCAGUACUAUAAGUUGAUGUUUGAGCAAAAAGCAUUGAUCAUCCAAAAGUGGACGAGAGGCUGGCUGGCCAGGAGGCGAUACAGACGCACCGUGGCAGCACUUGUUCUGCUGCAGACCUGUGUGCGCCGCAUACAGGCCAAGAAGGAACUUAAGAAGCUGAAAGUGGAGGCACGCUCAGUGGAACGCUUCAAGAAGCUCAACAUUGGCAUGGAAAACAAAAUCAUAGGGUUGCAGCACAAGAUAAACGAUCAGCAAAAAGAAAACAAAGAGCUCCGUGACAGGCUGAGCGCUGUGGAGAAUUUGCAGAACACCGAGAGAGGCAGACAGAGCAAAGAGAUCGAGAACCUACGUAGGUCAGAGCACGAGGCCAGAGCCAAGGCAGAGGCACUCCCCUCCCUGCUGGAGCAGCUCUCCUUCCUUCAGCACGAGUUGGAAAACACACGUAAGGAGAAGGAAAACCUGGAGGAGCACAAGACAGCCUACAUGGAGCAAACACAACAGGUCAUAGAGGAGCUUAAUUUGAAGAACAGCUUACUGAGCAGUGAAAAAGAAGAGCUGAAUACACUGAUCAUUGAACAGGAUCAGCAACUAACAGAUAUUAACGUCAAUGUGGAGAAUACAAAACAACUGGAGAAGGACUUGGGUGAAGAACGUUGUCGUUACCAAAGUCUGCUGAGUGAACACCUGCACCUGGAGGAGCAGCACAGAGACCUGCAAGAGGAGAUGAGGAUAAAAUCCAGCACUAGUUCAAGCAACUCUGAUCACAAGAGGACGGACUCCAACUACAACAGUAACACGUCCGACCUCAGUCUGAGUUUAGGCUCCACAGAGGGAGAGAGAAGCUCUGCACAAACAGAGGAUGACAUCCGGUCCACUAUGGACCUGCCCGUCCUUUUGAAGCUCCAGAGGAAAGUGAAGGAACUGGAAAAGGAUAAAGUGUCACUGUGGCAGCAGAUGGACAAGAAGGAAGAAGCCCAACAGGAAAACGCUAAAGAAUUGGAGGAACAGAAGGCUGUUGCCAGAGCAGAACUGGAUUUAGAAAUCCUGAAGCGACAAGAGUUGGAAUCUGAAAACAAGAAGUUGAAGGAUGAUCUCAAUGAGCUGCGCAACUCUCUGACCAAUGAGAAUAGUGAUCUAGCGCCUCCUGCUCCUGGAUCCUUGCCUUACAGUAUCCUACUGGAACAACUCAACUCCUCCAAUGAGGAACUGGACAUGAGGAAAGAAGAAGUGUUGCUCCUCAGAUCACACAUGGUUCGGCAAGAAGCGCUGAAACACAAGGACUCUGCGUUGAGAGGAAAUGUCAACUUGAACCUUUGUGAAAUCCCCUCAUUCCAAGAUGAUGACAGACCUGCUGACAUUCAAAAUCUGAACGAGGAUGGAGAGCUGUGGCUGGCUUAUAAAGGCUUGAAGGAGACCAACAGACUCCUGGAACACCAGAUGCAGGAGCAGGAACGUCUCAACAAUGAAAAGUUUAAGAAACUGGUCGAGGAGGUGAAUAAGCUGAAAGAGGAGAAGGAGCAGCAGAAGAAGAUGUUCAGUCAGAGCCUCCUCUUGCCUGAAGAUGCCAGAAUUGAUGCGGGACUCAAGCACGAGAUCACGCGGCUCACUAAUGAAAACCUGGAACUCCAAAAUCAACAGGAGAAACAGGAGAAAAAUCUACGCAAGUUGAAGAAACAACUUAAAUUUUUCAUGAAAAAAGUUGAGGAUUUUGAAGCAAAUGUACAGCAAAUGAAUGAAACUCCCAACACAAGUGCUGCUGUCAGGGGAGUAAAUAUCACCCGUAAAGAGAAAGAUAAGCAGGGCAUGUUGGAGUACAAGAUGGGUGAAGAGACCAUCCUGCUUAAAAAUCUAAUUGUUGAUAUGAAGCCUCGUGGUGUAGCGGUCAGCUUCCUUCCUCAUCUUCCGGCCUACAUUAUCUUCAUGUGCCUGCGAUACGCGGACACUGUGAAUAAUGAUCGGAGAGUCAGCACGCUGCUCCACAGCACCAUCAGCUGCAUUAAAGGAGUCAUUAAGAGAAGAGGAGAGGACUUCGAUGUGAUGUCCUUCUGGUUGGCCAACACAUGUCGGUUAAUGAACUGUCUGAAGCAGUACAGCGGCGAUGAAGUCUACACAUCACAGAACACUCCUAAGCAAAAUGAGCACUGCUUAUCCAACUUUGAUCUGUCAGAAUACCAACAUGUGCUGGGUGACCUGGCUAUACAGAUCUACUAUAGGCUCAUCAAAUGCAUGGAGGACACCAUACAGCCAAUGAUAGUGGCCUGCAUGCUGGAACAUGAGGCCAUCCAGGGAGUGGUGGGAUCCAAAAACACAAGACAGAGGAGACGAACCACAAGUUUCUCAGAUGAAGGUGCUGUGACGUUAGAAAACCUCCUGCAGCAUCUGAGCCAUUUCCACACCACCAUGAAGCAGCACGACAUGGACUUGGAUCUCAUCAAACAGGUGAUAAAACAGCUGUUUUACACCAUCUGCGCAGUCACACUCAACAACCUGCUGCUGAGGAAGGACAUGUGCUCCUGGAGCAAAGGCCUGCAGAUCAGGUACAAUGUCUGGCAGUUGGAAGAGUGGUUGACAGAGAGGGAGCUGACAGACUGCGGUGCCAAGGAAACUCUGGAGCCUCUGGUCCAGGCUGCUCAGCUUCUGCAGAUCAAGAAGAAGACUGACGCAGACGCUCAGGCCAUCAGCAGCAUGUGCACGGCUCUCACUCUUGCACAGAUUACAAAGGUGUUGACCCUGUACACUCCAGUGAUUGAAUUCGAAGAGCAGGUUUCGCCGGCUUUUAUUACGACAAUAAAUAACAUUUUAAAGGACAGAAUGGAGGAGCCAUCCACUUUGAUGAUGGACAGCAAGAAGAUCUUCUCUGUCUCGCUCCCCUUCACUGCCUCGUCUGUGGCUCUGGAGACCAUUCAGAUUCCUGCCAGCCUCAAUCUGAGCUUCCUCCACCCAGUGUAGACUCACAGCCACUGUGACUUUGUUGUGUUUACCAAAUUAUAUCCAAUGUUUGAAAAAAACAAAACAUUUUCCCACCUUUUUAGUCCUAUGAAAAGUUUAGAUCUGAAUGUAUUAUUGACCAACUAAAUGCACAUUAUUUUACUGUUAAAGUUGAAAUGUUUUAAAUUGAGGUAAAGAAUUUCCAAAUGAUUUUGUUGUUACAAUAUCUUUUAUAAAUGUGAGACCUGGGGCUUUUGGUCACUUUUAAUGAUAAUUGUAUUUCAAUAACUGGAUUUGCACAUGACCAAGAUUGCCCUGCUUUAAAAAAAUAUGUAUAAAUAUAUAUAUUUUUCUGUUGAUGUUUGUUUGGAGAGACAGUCUGUUCACAUUUUUAUAAAGUUUAAUUGAUCUUAUAGAUCACAUUUUUAAAAAGAUAAGGUAAUGUAACAGGUCUUUUAUUCAUGCUACAGUGGGGAAAUUCAAAUGUAUUAUUAUUUUUUUAAUUUUUUUUUUCCAACAAUAUAAUGAGUUUAAAUACAAUUCUCUCGCUCCUCCCUGACAUGUUAUCUUGCACAGUACGAACUAAUAUUAUUAAUAAGACAAGAUAAGAACCUUAAGAACAAUUUAUUUAUUUUUAUUUAAUUUUUUUUAAUCCAAAAAAAUUGAACGAUACUGUGUAUCAAGUCAUGUGCUGGGUCACAUUUAUUUUUUGUAAUAAAUCAACCACCCUAACUACCGUUCACACAGCGUGAGGUGACUAAGU